AUGGUGGAUAAUAGAGACGAACUUAUAAAAUAUUUCUUCAAUAUUUUGUGGAAAGCAACCGAUGGAAAAAUAAUUUCAGUUACCUUUAAUAAAAAUCCAUUAUUCACAGCUAUAUUUAAUUUGAAUGAUGAGACUUCCAAAACAUUAAAUUUAGAUGCUCCAAAGGCAAAAAAUCUUAUAAAGGAAUUUAGUAAUUCAUUAACAGAAAUAGGCAUUCAAGAAAGUGCACAAAAUUCUAGCUUCGAUAUUGAGAAAGAUAAUGAGACGCAAGCUUUGGAAACUAAUACUCAAAAAUCGAGACAACAUACUGAUACUCUUUCAGAUGAAUAUUCUAAUACUAAUGAAGAAAAUGAUGAGUUGAAUUUUGAUGCAGCUUUAACUUUAAUGCAUGAGGCAAAAAAAACAACUACAAAGAAAGAUGAACGAUUUAAUAAGGCUAAUGAUGAACAAGUUACCUCAAACAUGACAGAGGAUAGUUCCCUGCAAAGUAUUAAUAAAGCAUUGGACCAAUCGUUAGUCACCAAUAAUAUUCAAGAAAAUACUAGUAAUGAAAAUUCAUCAAGUAACAAAAAAGCAAAAGAACGAAUAGAAUACACUUUAUCAGAAUUGUCUGAUGCUGAUCCUGAUAAAUCACAAGCAAGUGGUUGGCUUCAAAAUUCUAAUAAGAUGAUGAACUUUUUACAAACUUCAAAUGAUCUUGAAGAAAUUGAAUAUGAGCAUACUAAUACUAAUCAGAUAAAAAAUCAGACAUUGACAUUUAUUAACAAUCCUAGUAAAAAAACAAACUCUAACAUCAUUAAUGCUGAAACAAGCAUUAAUAUACUUUUAAUUUCAUCAAUCAUUAACAAUCAACAAGAGAUAUCCACUUCAAAUAUUAAUAAACAAAAUCUAUCUGAUGAAUUAAUGGAUUAUCAGCAUACAUACAAAAAGGCAAAUGAUACUAGACAAUAUUCAAUUGUUUUAAUUGAAAGUGUUGAUAUAAAUAGUUUAAGAACAAGCUUUAUGGAACAACCUAAUAAUUCACUCCCUGCCACUAUGAAAAAUAGUACUGAAUCUCUGCACAUUAAUAAUCAGGACAAUCGGAAAUCAAAUAAAAGGAAAUAUAAAAAUCUAUUGAAUUUAUCAAGUAACAAAAAAAGAAUGCAAUACUCUUCGCCUAAAGCUGUUUCUGAAGAAGGAUCGACUGCCUAUAGCAAACGUCUUAAACCACCAUCAGAUUAUACAGGGAGAUUAAAUAUACUAAGAAAAAUAAAAGGAAUAUCCGACAGUUUUGCAUCAAAUACAAACAAUCUAGUUGGAAUUACCUUCAAUUAUGAGAUCAAUACUUGGAAAAUUGUCAAAAAGAGAUCAUUAACUAUUAAACAACAAGAAGAAAUGAGCCCAAUUGUAUUGGAGAAGACUACAGAUAAUUGGAAGGAUAAUGAUUUAAAGGCUCAGAUUAACAAAAAAUUUGGCAAUAAUAAUUCACAUUCUAUUUUGAGAAAGUGGAUAGCAUGUUGA